UCUUAUCCUGACAGAAAAUUAGUAGAAAAUUGGAAGAGGAAAGGAGAAAGUUGCUGACAUACCAAAAAGAUCACUCCUUUUAGAUUCUCAUAUCACACAUUCCAUAGACACCCCCUGUGCUCCCUCUUCUCCUUCCAUCAAUUUCUUUUCUUCAAACCAUCACCAUUCGUUCACCAUUCCCUAUAUCAUACUCUACACACACCAUACACCAUAACAUUCCUGUAUAUAUACACACACACGUACACACAGUACCAUCGCUCUCAUAUUAUUACUUGAAUGGCAUCUUUCAUCACUCCACUCAUCCUUCUCUUCAUCUCCGCUAUCUUCCUUUUCCUCCAUCGCCGAUCCCGUUACCGCCGCCUCCGCCUCCGCCUCCCCCCGGGCACCCUCGGCCUCCCCUUCGCCGGAGAGACCCUGCAGCUCAUAUCAGCCUACAAGACCGACAACCCCGAACCAUUCAUCGACCACCGCGUCCAUCGCUACGGCCCAAUUUUUACCACCCAUGUCUUUGGCGAACCCACCGUCUUCUCCGCAGACCCGGAGACCAACCGCUUCAUUCUGCUCAACGAAGGGAAACUCUUCGAAUGCAGCUACCCCGGUUCCAUAUCCAACCUCCUUGGAAAACACUCUCUGCUUCUCAUGAAGGGCUCUCUUCACAAGAAAAUGCACUCCCUCACCAUGAGUUUCGCCAACUCUUCCAUCAUCAAGGAUCACUUGCUCGUUGACAUAGACCGUCUCAUCCGGCUCAAUCUCGAUUCUUGGUCAGACCGGAUUUUUCUCAUGGAAGAAGCCAAAAAGAUAACGUUUGAGUUGACAGUGAAGCAGUUGAUGAGCUUUGAUCCAGGUGAAUGGACUGAGACUCUAAGGAAAGAGUACGUUCUUGUGAUAGAAGGAUUUUUCACUCUUCCAUUGCCUCUCUUUUCGACCACCUACCGCAGAGCCAUCAAGGCCAGGACGAAGGUGGCAGAGGCAUUAACGUUGAUAGUGAGGGAGAGAAGAAAAGAAAGCGAAAAGGAGGAGAAAAAGAAUGACAUGCUAGGGGCAUUGUUGGCCUCCGGCAACAACUUUUCCGACGAGGAAAUAGUUGAUUUUAUGUUGGCUUUGCUCGUCGCCGGUUAUGAAACCACCUCCACCAUAAUGACUCUUGCCGUCAAGUUCCUCACGGAGACUCCUCUAGCAUUGGCACAACUCAAGGAAGAGCAUGACCAGAUCAGAGCCAAAAAGAGUCACCCAGAAGAACCACUGGAGUGGACAGAUUACAAGUCAAUGGCGUUUACUCAAUGUGUUGUGAAUGAGACUUUGAGGGUUGCAAACAUUAUUGGUGGGAUAUUUAGAAGAGCAAUGACAGACAUAAACAUUAAAGGUUACACUAUUCCAAAGGGAUGGAGGGUAUUUGCUUCAUUUCGUGCUGUACAUCUAAACCCCGAUCACUACAAAGAUGCGCGCACCUUCAAUCCAUGGAGAUGGCAGAGUAACUCAGAAGCAACAAGCCCUGGGAAUGUAUAUACCCCUUUUGGAGGAGGACCACGUCUUUGCCCUGGUUAUGAGCUUGCCAGAGUGGUGCUCUCUGUCUUUCUUCACCGUACUGUCACCCGUUACAGUUGGUUUCCUGCAGAAGAAGACAAGUUGGUGUUUUUCCCAACCACAAGGACGCAGAAGAGGUAUCCUAUCAUAGUGAAGCGAAGAGAGGAGUCCAGACCAAGUAAUCAAACAUGGAAGGGCAAAGAAGAAGAAUCAGAGAUUGUAGAUUAGUUCAAUGUUCAUUGUAUUAAGCAAUAAUAUGUUAUAUGAUUUAUUUUUAGGGGUUAUAGAAAGGAAGGAAUGUCUCUGUAGACCUUAGGGAGGGAUGUUUGUGUAAGUUCAAAACCCUCAUCACCCUAAUAUAACACUUAAGCUAAA